CUGCCGACAUCCCCACUUAAAAUCAAGGAGCCUAAAGACAGCGGUUCAGUAUGGAGAUCGACGUCGUUGCAAGGUGAUCACCGUCAUCGUCGAACGGAGAAGGAAGAGGACGAUCUUUUGAUUCAAGAGGAACGCAAAAAGGAGUGCAUGUUUCGGUUCGAAAAAUCACCUUGGUUCAUCAAAAAUGGUGAAAUGCGCGAUUACCAAAUCAGGGGUUUAAAUUGGAUGAUCUCACUGAUGGAGAACCAUAUAAACGGUAUUCUGGCAGAUGAAAUGGGUCUCGGUAAAACGCUACAGACUGUGUCUCUGCUCGGCUACAUGAAGCACUACAAGAACAUUCCGAGUCCUCAUCUGGUAAUCUGUCCGAAAUCGACUCUGAGCAAUUGGAUGAACGAAUUCGCACGUUGGUGCCCGACGAUUCGAACGGUCGCUCUCAUUGGCGACCAGGAAACUCGAGCUCGAAUAAUAUCGGAUGUGAUCUUACACGGCGAAUGGGACGUGUGCGUGACCAGCUACGAAAUGGCCAUUCGAGACAAGGGAAUUUUAAAGCGUUUCAAUUGGCGCUUCGUCAUCAUCGACGAAGCGCAUAGAAUAAAAAACGAGAAAUCUAAACUGUCAGAAAGAGUUCGCGAAUUCAAGUCGACUAAUCGUUUGCUGCUGACCGGCACUCCAUUGCAGAACAACCUGCACGAGCUCUGGGCUUUGCUUAACUUUUUGCUGCCUGAUGUAUUCAGCAGUGCCGAUGAUUUCGAUUCCUGGUUCAACACGAAUUCCUGCCUGGACGACAGCGGUUUGGUGCAGCGGCUGCAUGAUAUACUGCCUAUUGGAUUCAUUCUAACUUUUUUAUUGCUUACAAGCGCAUUUGUUUUGCUUAUUGCAUUUGUUUACAGGUAUACCAAGAUUCUCAUGAAAGAUAUCGACAUUGUAAACGGUGCUGGCAAGCUCGAAAAGACCCGGCUGCUCAACAUCUUGAUGCAGCUACGAAAAUGCUGUAAUCAUCCAUAUUUAUUUGACGGUGCCGAGCCCGGUCCACCGUAUACCACUGACCAGCAUCUGGUGGACAACUGCGGGAAAAUGGUACUUCUGGACAAGCUGUUGCCACGUUUGAAACUUCAAGGUUCCAGAGUGUUGAUUUUUUCACAGAUGUCACGAAUAUUGGACAUUCUUGAAGAUUAUUGUCUCUGGAAAGGAUACGGCUAUUGCAGGCUUGACGGUUCCACUCCCCAUGAGGAACGACAGUCUUCGAUUGACGCUUACAACAGUCCUGACAGCGACAAGUUUAUAUUCAUGUUGACCACGCGGGCCGGUGGUCUAGGAAUUAACUUAGCGACGGCUGACAUAGUCAUUUUGUACGAUUCAGACUGGAACCCUCAAGUGGACUUGCAGGCGAUGGACAGGGCGCAUCGCAUUGGCCAAAAGAAAACCGUCAAGGUGUUUCGACUGAUCACUGAGAACACCGUUGAGGAGCGUAUCGUCGAACGAGCCGAGAUUAAGCUACGUCUUGACACUGUGGUCAUUCAGCAAGGUCGUCUGGCCGAAGCGCACAAGUCAUUGGGCAAGGACGAGAUGUUAGCUAUGGUGCGAUUCGGUGCCGACCACGUCUUUGCCGGUAAAGACUCUGAAAUUAGUGAUGAAGAUAUAGAAGGCAUCUUGAAGAGGUCUGAGGAAAAGACUGAGCUCGAGCAACUGGGUGAAUCGUCGCUGAGGAACUUCACGCUAGACACAAUGGAAAACACGUCCGUUUAUCAGUUUGAAGGCGAAGACUAUCGUGAAAAACAGAGACGCAACGUCGGCUAUUGGAUCGAACCACCGAAACGCGAACGCAAGGCCAAUUACCAGGUGGACGCCUACUUCCGGGACGCUCUUCGUCCGCAUGCUGAACCGAAAGCUCCAAAAGCCCCUCGACCUCCAAAGCAGCCGAAUUUGCAAGACUUUCAGUUCUAUCCGCCUCGAUUAAUGCAGCUUUACGACAAAGAAAUUUACUAUUACAGAAAAUCUAUCGGUUACAAGGUGCCAAAGCCAUCGAAUGAAUCGCCUAAGGAAUUGGAGGAGUGGAAGAAUCAACAGAAAAAAAUUGACGAUGCCAUUCCACUAACCGAAGAGGAGCUGGCCGAGAAGGAAGUUCUGCUGCAGCAAGGCUUCAGUAAUUGGAAUCGUCGGGACUUCCAACAGUUUAUUAAGGCCAACGAAAAAUACGGCCGCAGCGACAUCGAAAGCAUAUCACAUGAAGUUGAAGGCAAGACUCCAGAAGAGGUCAAAGCAUACGCGAAGGUUUUUUGGAACCGAUAUCACGAACUGGGUGACGUAGACCGCGUCAAGGCCCAGAUUGAAAGGGGUGAGGCACGCAUUCAACGAAGACUCAGUAUCAAGUACGCGUUGGACGCGAAAAUCGCCAAGUAUAAGGCUUCGUUCCAUCAACUGCGCAUUGCGUACGGCACGAACAAGGGUAAGAACUACACAGAGGAAGAAGAUCGGUUUCUGGUGUGCAUGUUGCAUCAGUUGGGUUUCGACAAGGAAAAUGUGUACGAAGAGCUGCGACAGGCUAUUCGACAAGUGCCUCAGUUCCGUUUCGAUUGGUUCAUCAAAUCAAGAACAGCGAUGGAAUUGCAGCGGCGAUGCAACACCUUGAUUACGCUUAUUGAGAAGGAAAUGCACGAGGUUGAGGAAAAUGAAAAGAAUGACCGAGGUCGUGGGCGUGGUUCCGGUUUCAAAGUUCCAAAGUCACGUGGUGUUUCACAGAAAAGAAAAUCUGAGCCCACUGAAGGUCGAGGCAGAGGGAAACGGCCAAAAGUCUGA